AUGGAGCUUUUGAAUUUUUGUGUGACGGCUGUUCUGCUCGUUGCUGCUGUUGUACUCGUUUUGCGCCGACCAAAGCGCACCGUGCCUCUACCACCCGGCCCCCCUGCUGAUCCACUGAUCGGACAUCUGCGAAAGCUGCCACCAAUCCACCACUGCGAAAUAUUCCAGAAGUGGGCAGCGGAGUACGGCGAUAUGUUCUACUUGAACGUUCUCGGGCAAUCGCUGUUGGUGGUCAGUUCCUUCAAAAUUGCAACGGAUCUAUUGGAGGGGAGGAGUGCAAACUACAGUGACCGCCCGAGGAGUCCGUCGCUCGAGCUUAUGGGGUGGGACUGGGCUUUGACGCUGUUGGAAUAUGGCCACAAAUGGCGGAGGCAUCGCAAGUUGAUGCAGGAGUAUCUUAACAUCAAGAAGCUACCUGAUUAUUAUCCCCUCCAUAUCCGUGAGACCCACCUCAUGUUGAAGAAUAUUUUGGCUCGCCCAGCGGAAUUUGAUUGGGCGAUUCGACGAUUCGCCACUGCAUCUAUCAUGGAUAUUGCGUAUGGACAUCGAGUUCGUUCAGAUGACGAUGAGUUUGUCCAAAUUGCCAAGGAGGCCUUGGAUAGUCUGGAGGCGGUGAACAUUGGUGCAGCACCAGUUGAUAUCUUGCCCAUUUUGCGUUAUGUGCCCUAUUGGCUGCCCGGAGCGUCGUCGUUGACUGGACCUGCCCACAAGUACCGACCGUUGAUCUCGAAGCUCGUCAACAACCCCUUCCAGAUGGUGCAGAAGCAGAUGGCUGCUGGAACUGCCGUGCCGUCAUUCACAUCAGCACACCUGGAACGCGUGCACCGCGAAGGGGUCGACUCUGAAGAAGAGCUUAAUGACAUCAAAUCUCUUGGAGCCAGUCUCUACAUAGGUGGCGUUGACACGGUGACUUCGGGUAUUCGCACCUUCCUCUAUGCGAUAUUAUUAUUCCCGGAGACGCAGCGAAAGGCACAGGAAGAAAUCGACCGUGUCGUCGGUACCAACCGCCUUCCGGAUUUCAGCGACCGUGACAGCCUGCCCUACGUAGACUGUAUGAUCCAGGAGACGCUUAGGUGGCAUCCCGUCAUUCCUCUAGGGGUCCCUCACCGAUCCAUGGAGGACGAUGUUUACAACGGGAUGUUCAUUCCGAAAGGAACUUAUGUGAUUCCCAAUACCCGAGCGAUGAAUCGCGAAGGUUACAGAGAUCCUGAUAGAUUCUAUCCAGAACGAUUCCUGCCCGAGCCUCAAGGAUAUGGGGAGACGCAUCGGGUCGCUUCCUUUGGCUUUGGACGAAGGCGUUGCGCAGGGUCCGACUUCGCAGCAAACAGCAUGUGGAUCUUCAUCGCGAAUUUCCUGGCCACCUUCACUGUCGGCUAUACUCUUGACAAGGACGGUAAGGAAAUCAUCCCGGAGCCGGCGUUUACGCCGAACGUCACUAGCACGCCAGAGCCAUUUGACUGUAUCAUCAAGCCCAGGUCAGCAAAGGCUGAGGCUUUGGCCCUGCAGGCCGACGAAUGA